AAGCUCCCGGCAGCCCGCGCGGUUCCGUACGGCAACAUGGCGGCGGCGCUGGUGCAGUACGUGGUGCUCCGCGGGGAUCUGGCGCGGCCUCCCCGCUCGUGGCCGCUCGGUGCCGUGGUGGCUCAGGGCUGCCACGCGGCGCUGGCCGCCGUUCACGGUUACCGGGAGCAUCCCGACACCGGAGCGUACCUGGAGCUGGGCGCCGCCAUGAGAACCGUGGUGCUGGAGGCUCCGGAUGAGAAUUCCCUGCUGGAUUUGGCGGAGUCGCUGAAGGAAAAAGGCGUCGAACACCGACUUUGGAUGGAGAAUCCCGAGGGAAUUCCCACGUGUUUGGCGCUCCGGCCUUAUCCCAAAAAUCAGGUGCAGCAACACCUCAGGAAAUUCAAACUCCUCAAAUGACUUCGUCCUGAUUUUUCCAGGUUUUUUUAUUCCUUCAAAUCUGGGAAUUUUGGAGGUGAAUUCCGGCGUUUUCGGGAUGAGGAAUUUUGUGGUUUUUAAAGUGGUUUUUUUU